AUGGCGGCACCACUUGGAUUGGAGACUAAGGCCCAACGUGGUAUCUUCGUCAUGUACAUGGGCCUUUGGGUUGGCUACGGGAUGCUUAAUGAGGUGGCUAAGCGACAGGAUGUGCAUUUCAACUCUGCUUGCGCUGUAGUGCUCCAGUCGCUGCUCAAGUUCUUCCUAGCGAGUUACAUGUAUUUGACGUCGGACACUCAAGCGACAGAGCCACUGAUCAGUCGCUUUCGUUACAUGAUAAGACAAGGCCUUGAGCAUCGCAAUCUCCUCCUGCUCUACUUUAUUCCAUCGGGACUUUACGUUAUCUACGAUGUCUUGUCAUACAUUAAUCUGCGUGCGUUCGAUGCUGCGACGUACUUCCUGCUUCUUCAAUUCCGACUCGUAGUGACGGGCGUAUUACACCAAGCAAUGUUCUCCAAGAGACUAAACCGGAAUCAGUGGGUCUCCUUGGGUGUUACUACAAUAGGAUGUGCCAUCAAGACAUUGGGCUCACAAGAUCCGAACGGUUCCACCAAGUUGAGAAUCCAUGGCAAUGGUCCGACGUCUACAGCUUACGGAUUGUUAAUGGUGCAAAUCCUCAGCAGUACGUUUGCUGGCGUGUACAAUGAAGUUCUUCUCAAGAAACAAGCUUCGAUUCCAGUGAAUUUACAGAACGUCUUCAUGUACAUGGAUUCCAUCGUGUGUACACUGGUCAUGCUCGUGCUCGGAUUGACCGGGCAGACAGCUCAAGAAGCUCUGACAACUGCUAACUUUAGUGUACUUUUGACACCUUAUGUGCUGCCAAUGGUGCUCAUGAUGUCGGGCAUUGGCGUAGUCACGAGUCUUUUUCUCAAGCAAUUGGACUCUAUCCGUAAAGCUAUUGCCAGUGCACUGGAACUCGUGUUUCUGCCGCUCCUGAGCGCUGUGUUUUUCAGCCAACCAAUCACACUAUACACGGUAGCUGCCGUGUGCUUUGUGGGCUUUGGAGUUUACAUUUACUCGCUACCAGUGGAAUCUACAAGUGUGACAGGAUUGCCCCAAUACACUAAAGUAGCGUCAACGUAG